CGCAGGGACGGCCAGCUCGUUCUGCCCACAACAUCAGCCACAUUAGCGACAUCCUUGAGUCCGCGGCGUGCACCAUGCAGCUCCUGGUGAAGGUGCCAUCUCUUCCAGAGCUGGGAGAGAUGGACUGCAACAUCUGCUACCGGCCCUUCAACCUCCGGGGCCGCGCGCCCCGCCGCCUGCCCGGAACGGCGCGUGCCCGCUGCGGUCACACACUCUGCACAGCCUGCUUGCACGAGUUGGUGGCGCGCGGCGACCGCAGUGGGGCGGCAGCGCGCAUGGUGCGCUUGCGCCGCAUCGUCACAUGCCCCUUCUGCCGCGCGCCCACCCCACUCCCGCGCGGCGGGGUCACGGAGGUCGCUGUGGACCCAGACUUGUGGUCGCGGUUGGAGGGAAAAGCCCGUGCGGAACGUGAACCGGAUGAAGCAGGUAGCCCGGUAAGGGAAGGUGGCGAAGCCGACAGAGAGGCCGACGAUGAGGAAGAGGAGAGCGAGAAGGGGUCUAGGUCGAGGAACGCGGGGUGGCGCACUGUCCGGCGGCUCUUGGACAGGUUGAUGGCUCCCGCGCGCCGCUGGCGGCGCCCGCUGCCUAGCAACGUGCUAUACUGUCCGGAGAUCAAGGACUUUGCCCACAUGACCCGCUGCACACUGUAACUCCGGGACCCGGAAGCUAAGGCAGAAGGAAGGUGGGAUCUGCAUUCUCAGGGCCUACAAGUGGCUUAUGCCAAGGCUACACCCUCUCCCACCCAGGACUGGCACUGAUGAGGAAGUGGAGCUGAGGGCGGGAGGGAACGCCCUAGGAGGUGUUGAUGCUGAGCUGGGGAGGCUCCUAGACAGAUCUCCCCCAUCUGCUGGCUGUGCCAGUCUUACAUAUUCAGGAUGGAGUGGCCCAGGGAUGAUAAAAACAGUCUGCGUUCCCGUGGGAAGAAUACAGAUUGUUUCCUUAGCUGUGACUUGGCUUUUGUCCAGGGCAGCUCUGAUGUGUGGGAGCAACAAGUCCCAUUUUAGCAAUUUUGUGUCAACGGUUUGAAAAUUCCAGAAAGAUGGAGCAGGAGGAAAAGGCUGAUUUUCAGGUCAUGUUAAAUCUCACUUCUCUACAGGGUAAGAGAACUGAGAAAAAUAAGCCCUUUGGUUCCCCACCUCUCUCCCCACCUCGGCGCUGGUAUGCCUACUGUCUCCCCACUCCAAGUACUAUAUCCCUAAAAUUAUCAAGAUGCCACUGCCUUGCUUCAUUCCUUAAUCUCCCUUCAACUUGUUAGGGCAGGUAUCAGAAGGUCCAAAGAACAUUAAUCCAAGGCACCUAAUUAGGGCCUAUCAAGGAUAGAAGGGAGAGACACUUGGUAAAACCAUCCAAUUUUAAACUUUUGAUACUAUCUGUACUUUUAUAGUCAAAGGGAAACAGUCGCUACUGAAAAAAAGAUGCCCAUUUAAUUUUGUAUACAAUAGUUGGACUUCUAUUGUAUGCCAUGGAUUCUAUUUUUAAAAUCCCAUCAAUAUCUUAUACUAGGUCAGUGUAAGCUUAUUGGAAGUGCAAAAUCUCAGCAUUCCAUUUCCGACUUACUGAAUCAGAACCUGCAUUUUAACAAGAAUCCCAGGUAAUAUGAGCAUCUUAAUAUUUAAGCAUUGGUCCACAUCCUAGGUGCUCUAGGAUAUUACCAUCUAUGGGUUGAAUAUUUAGAACACAAAUGGUAUUUAAUAAGUUAUAUACUAUUUUAUUGGUUUUUAAGUGACAUCUUCUGUUGAAGUAAUCUUAAAUUCUUCAUGCACAUAGUUGCAUUUUCCUUUGAAUUAAAAAUGUGAACUUAAGUAUAAGCCCCAACUUUUGUAACUAUAUUUUGGCUUUUUUUCUAAGUCUGAGCUUAAAUGUUCCCUCUCUUGGGAGGCCUUUCUCAGUAUUCACCUCGGUGUUGCCCCUUCCCUCACCCUCUAUAGCAUGCCUUGUUUUAUGGUCACUGCUUUUAUAUUUGUUGGCGCCCCCGCCCCCUAGAGUGUAAGUUUUGUGAGAGCAAUGACUGCCUCGUGAGUAUUGCAUCUCCAGGCUAACAACAGUGUUAAUGUAUAGUGUGUAUUCAAUAAAUGUUUGUUGGAUUUA